AUGCUGUUUAAACUUGGUCUGUUGUUCGCCGCGAUCUGUUUGGGCGUAGCGUUCGCCAGGUUGCCGUGCCAGUGCCCCCUAGUUUCUGAUCCAGUGUGCGGCUCAAACGGACAGACGUACGGGAGCAUGUGCUUCCUGGACUGCGCACGCUUACGCGAACCGAACGUGACGCUGGCCAGCGUGGGGCCCUGCGAGAUCAACAGCGGCGGAGUUGCCCCAAGGCCCGGGCCUAGGGCGGCUCGACAU